AUGAAUGUUGAAAACAAGUGUAAAGACGCACAAGAUGAAUAUGAACACAGUCGUUUGAAUGAUCCCACCGAUUCUGCUUGCCAUGAACAUACAAGUGGUGGUAUGAAUGAAUUUGGGGAAAGUAUGAGUGACAAUGAGACGCAUGAUGUUUUUGAUGGCAAAUUUGAUUGUUUGGCAGCUUUGGAAAGCUCUGUGGUUGAGAGUGAACAAACAGAGAAUUUAAAUGAAGCUUUACUCGCCGUUGAAAAAGCUGGUUUAAUAGACACAUUUCCUGUUCCUCCGAAACAUACUCCACAAUAUCCUGCUCCUUCCAUAGUAUCAUCCCAUGACUUACUCCAAAUUUGGCUCCAGGCCCAACUCAUGAAAGAUCUGAAGCGUCAAAAGAGACCUGUUAGCAUAUUGGACAAUGCAAAUGGUAUCAGUGAUGCAAACCAACCUCCUGCAAGUAAAAAGCUUCGAACGGAGAGAGAGGCUUUCACACACCUGAACUUGGUUCAACCUACAGCGGAAAGCAAUGAAGAACAAGAAUGA